AUGGACAACAGUCAACCAACUCACGGUCAACAACCUUCGACGCAGACUCAAGGCCAACAACCGAACCGCAACUCGAGGGCCACAAACCUCUUCCCUCCCAUAUUGAAUAGCACCGGACAAGGAGGCACCAGUAGCAUAUGGACCAGCCACCCACUCACAGAUGGCCUUGCCUCCAGGGACAGCACAGGUGUGUCCGGUGCGUAUAAGAGCUGGGAUAACGAGGGCGCAAAAUUGACACAAUCUACAGCGCCCGGCCAGUCGCUGCACUCUGUACAGAGACCGACUGCCAUCGGCGGAUCCGACGCCAGCCGGUGGCCCAGUGGACUGGCAACCUGGUCCUCUCCAGACAACGUGCAAUCUCGACCGAACCCAUCACGAAGCACAUCUCCUCCGUCUGCGUUUCAGAACACUUCCAAUACAUCCCCAUCUUUCAACCCAGGUCGCUUAACGAACGGGCAAAGCAACACCUUUCCGACGUCCCUCGCAAACACGCCCAGCGGCCUCGUUAGUCGCGCCAGUGUCUCGGGAACCUCUGGCAGAGUCAACAGUUUCCAGUCUGGAUUUGGUGGUUUUGCAAGAACCAACUCAGGGACCUCGGCCUUUGAUGAUGGCGCGGCGUCACGCGAAUCAGUACUGCCGUCAUCGAGACAGUCAGAUAGCGACACAACUGUCAAGUUUAACAAUGACGUGUCUGGGUUCCCCCAAGGGAUUGCAUCGCACUCUCGGCGUGCUUCUCGACCAUCCCUCAGCGCCGCACCGUCGUCAUAUUACCCGCAGCAGCAGCCAAGCUCGAGAUCCCAGAGCCUGAACCCGCAGAAAGACGAUGCCGCUCUCGAGGCUGCACGCCAAUCCCUGGCGAGGAACUUUGCCAGCAACUCUCCAGCCCCUCGGUUCAGCACAGUCCAGGCAAGCACACCUGCGCCUUCACAAGUCCGCUGGUGGGGAAGCGAGUUCACGCCCAACAACGGUGUCGUUCAGAACCCUGCAUACCCCCAGGAAAGCAGACGAGAGUCGCUAGCCAUGAGUGCCAACCAGUCCGCCAUGAACAGCCCGAGGGCUUUUGGUAGCGCCAGGCCCGCCGAAACAUGGGCGAGUCCAGCGCCACCCGUGGAUUUCGAUCUUUUGGCCAGAUACCAACGAUCACAACAAAGCCAGAUGUCAAGGCUGGCCACCCAGUCGCCAUAUAUCGAUCCCACAUUCGGCCAGAUCCAGAUCCCCGAGGUACCAGCGCAUAUAAUGCAACAACUAAUGCAAUAUCCCAAUUAUGGAAUGGCAGGACAACAGUACUACACUCCUACUGCUCCCGCUGCUUACGGGGGUCGACCAGUGCGCAACCAGAAUCCUUACGAGAAUUAUAAAACAACGCCUCAGCUACUCGACGAGUUCAAGAAGACGUCAAAAGGUGCCAACAGGAAAUGGCAACUCAGGGAUAUUUUUGGCUACGUGGUUGAUUUCGCCGGUGACCAACAGGGCUCGAGGUUCCUCCAGGAGAAAAUUCCUGCGGCGAACAGCGACGACAAGUCAAAAGUGUUUGAUGAGAUCAUCGUGAAUGCCAACCAGAUGAUGACGGAUGUGUUCGGCAACUACAUCAUUCAGAAGCUCUUUGAGUACGGGACUCUUCAACAGAAGAGAGCCCUUGCUUUCAAGAUGCAAGGAAACGUGGUGGAUCUCUCCGUGAACAUUUACGGCUGCAGAUGUGUCCAAGAGGCCCUUAAUUACGUCCUUGUUGAACAGCAGGUCGAGCUAGCCAUGGAGCUCAAAGACGAGAUCUUCCAACUGAUGAAGGGUGUUCACUCAAACCAUGUCGUCCAAAAGAUCCUCCAAAAGCUACCCAGGGAGCGCAUCGACUUCGUUUACGACGCCGUCCGUGGCAAGGUGUACACGCUGUCAACACAACAAUACGGCUGUCGGGUGAUCCAGCGUAUGAUCGAGCAGGGAUCGAAGGAGGACAAGGCCUUCAUCCUCGACGAAUUCCACCAAGUCGCGCACAAGCUCGUGACGGAUGAUUGGGGCAACUAUGUCGUCCAGGCCGUCAUCAAGCAGGGAGGGCCAAAGGCACGGUCGGAAGUGAUCCGACUCUGCAUCGACCAGUUCCUGGUGUUCUCGAAGCAGAAGGUCGCCAGCAAUGUUAUGGAGCACUGCAUCGAGUUCGGAGAACCGGAGGAUCGGCUGGAGAUCUACCGCUUGAUCAUGAACACCCACACAGAAGACGGCGGUUUGCUGCAAGCCAUGUGGAAAGAUCAGUUUGCAAACUAUGUUGUCCAAAAACUUUGCUUCCACCUCCAGGGUGUGGAGCAGGAGACCCUUAUCAGGGAAAGCAGACCUUACUACCUCGCGAGGAAGAAGCCCAGCCGCCCGGAUGAGAAAUGGGCGGCGUUUGAGAAUCUCAUGAGCCAGUUCAGAGCCACCGUCUCAAGGCAGGGUAGUAUCAGCAGCACGAACGGCGACCUGAACGGCGUGACAGCAUCACGACCAGGCUCACAGUCCGACAUGAACUCGGCGAUGCCUACCCCGGCGCUUACUACGGGUGGUAACAGCCCGCGGACCAGCUCCUCCCAGGCCACCAACGACGGCCCAGCCGAUGCCGAUACACCUCAACCGUUGCGAGACCUUCUCAACAAGUUCGACGAAGCGACCCUACAUGAUAAGGUUCGGGCUUAG